AUCCGUUCCGUCUACCGUUUCGUGCAUGCCGUAAGAGGACCCAUCGGGGUGUUAUUUGGAUUUCUGAAAUGGUCUUCGCGGAAGAUUUAAUCCUCAGCGAGAAGAAGUGCAGACCGUGUCCGAUUCGUCCUCUUUUCCGACAAAAACCUUCCCGAAAUAACGAGCCGCUUCUUCUCUUUCGUCGGCGUUUCGUCGCAACAAGUGUUCCCUCGGCUUAUAUUUACUGCGCCGUGUCGGGACGUACCACUUGUGCGUUUUAUUCUUUGCGGGUACUGUGUAGAGAGACCCGUAACUGGGUUACUCCAUGACCCAUUGUCAGGGAACGGUAUCCUUCCUACCCCUCUGUAAAAAUGAGCGAAUAAUACCAUCUCAUCGAGCGCCGAUCGACACCUCUGACGUAAUCUCAUCCGCGGAGAUUCUUUUUCAAUGUUUCGUAACAAGCCAAAUAUACACACGUGGCGCGCUAACUCGUGGCUCUCGAUUUCGUUCGUUUUUAGUCAGAGCCAUUCACAUUCGAAGGUACUCGUGUCGGUACGUGGAACGCAAUGAAUCGCGCGUGUGGGUUCAAGUAGCGGUGGCUCGGCAGGAAUCGCGGGGUGAAAAUAACCGUGGAAAAGCCCCAGGAGUAGACAGAGCCCGGGGAGAGGAGAUUUACGCGAGCUUCCCGCCAACCAAUUCGCGCUAUCUUGCGAUUUUGCGAAUACACGAUAAUACGAAACGCAAUAUUGUAAGCAACGCAGCGGCGUACAACCUCGCCCCGGCUGCUAGAGAUGUUGCGAGCAAGUGCGUGAACUACAGUCUGCAAGCUACCAGCAGCUACUUGCAGAGAAGCGUCUCGGCCGACAAUGUUGUAGUCCGCAAUCGCGGCUUCAAGCCUUCGGACCGACACGACCCGGUCAAAAGAAGAUUCCUGGAGAGCCUGACGUCAAAGAUCCUGCACUUCGACAUGGAAAGCGGCGAGGCUACGCCGAUCGACCUGCAGAAGUUGCUGACGCCAGCAUCCGACUCGCCCGAGAUCAUCCACUCGAAGAGCAAAAAAAUGUACGCUUCCUCGUACUUCUACGCACCGACGCAUCCCACGGUGGAGGACCAGGUCGAACUCGCACGCCGAAUUUCGCAUUCUCUGAGCGACGUCAGGAACAUGAAGAGCAAGGGUCAGUCGAUGUACGUCAAUCGGAAAAAGCGAUCCGUCAAGUGGAUCCACGAUGGGAAUGGGCUGGAAGGCGAGGACGAACCUCCGUCGCCGAUUCACAAGGAUAAAGUUCCUCUGAAGUGCGUUAUGAAUCCGAAUGGAAAAGUCCUGGACAUGCACUGCAUACAAGCUCUGGGAGAGGAAGUGAACAUCGAGCCGAUACCGGCGCAUCCGGAGAAAAUGUUCGACAUCGUCCGUGACCUCAACAACCAGAAAGGCCGCGGCGCGGAGAUAUUUGCAAAGCGCAGAAAACGCUCCGAGAAAUGGGUGGUGGAUAAAAGUCAGCCCCAGACCCCGAGUACUCCGGCAGUAUCCAAAGCUCCGAUUUAUCCUACCAAACAGGACAUUGCCAACGAGAAUGCAAAGUUCCCACCGAUGGAACCCUUCCCGUCCACGCCGGCGUCGCAACCUUUCUACAAUCCUUUCACGUUGGACCUUUCUUUGAACGGUGCCAACUUUUCAACAGGUGAGAACGCACGACAACGUGCCAGUAAGGCAAACCAUGGUCUAACAAAAUGUGCCGAGGUGAAGAGAACCCACGUAAGAGAAGUCGCAGUCGGGACCGAGGUCGAUUUCCCACUUAACCAUCCACCAGGACGUUUCGUCAACGUAGAAAAAUCCCGACGCGUCGUCCUGGACGAAACUAACGACUGCUUGGCUAACUCGUCGCUUCGCUCGAAUAACUGCUACAGCCGAUCGCUAGCUAACCCUUUGGCAAAGCCGUCGAUGAGUCGCAAUCGCGAGUCGAAGCCCAUGAAGACGAAGCCCGAAAGACGCGUCUACGAGGAGCACUCCGACAACAGCGAGGAGAACGAAUACACCCCGGUUCCUGUAAAACAACUUAUUCAAGAAUUCGAGAAAACCUGCCGACCGUCCAUGCAGUACAAGAAGAUCAGCCCGAAGAUCGUGCCGAUUAUCCGCCAAGCAACGGUCGACAGCGAUUUGUCGAGGUAUUUUAAUUCUCGCCUCAUCAACAACUACGAGCAAGUGUCCAGCAGAGUCCUGGAGCCUCCAAGAUGCCCGCAAGAGGAAAUAGACGAAGACGAGGACGAAGAGGAGGACGAAGAGGAGGACGAAGAGGAGGAAGACGACGAUUCGGACGACGACGACGACGACGAUGAGUUCGAGCAGUACUGCCAGUUUCCUUCGAAUGGUUACAAUAAUUUCGACCGCGGGGUUUCCAACUCUCCGUCUUUCUGCGAGGAAGAGAGCACCAAGUCUGAGUUCCUGAAGACCUCUAGUCUCGGCAACGGGGAGUCCGAGUUCACCAUGAGCCUCGUCGAUGAAUUUUGGAGACGACAAGUUGCUAAUGGUCAAUUAACUGGCUUCGAUGAGUUGACCAAUGGAAAUUCUGGGCUUGAGAAUGGCGAUGGGGAUGAUUCCAUGGAGUCCAAACCUAGAGUUCUCGCUAUGGUGGCCUCCCAGGAAGAUAUUCUGGAGACGAUUAGAAAUCUGCGUAAUACACCUGUUUUGGAGAACUUGGUCCCUGGUGCUUCGCUGGAGUGCAAACUGAAUGGCGUCGACUCCGACGUAGGGCAGAAACUCUACGAGAGUACCUAUAACGGACCGAAAUUAUCCAGCUUUCAGACAUUGACGAAUUAUAAUACUGCACCCCGAGGCUGGGAUCAGUCCCAAUCUUAUUAUCGACCAAUCAAAUUUGAAAAGCCUCAGGACACGAUCGUGUACUCUGACUUUUAGACAUGCAACUUUACCUAAUCUUGGUUUCCGAACAACCCUGAAGAUUACCCAAAGGACAUCGCUAACGAAACCUGUCUCUGGUGUAACUGAGCAUGCUCCUAUUUUUGCUGAGUAUUCAAUGCUGACUCUUUUCAGAAGAAAAUUAUAAAUGGAGAUAUAUAAAGAACGUGGUGUUAACGCUACGUUAGUUUGAGCUUAAUUAUGCUUAAUCAACCUACCUCCUCGAUUCUAGAAAUAACUAGUCUACGCUCCUAGUCAAGAUCGAACUCUCCAGUCGGAUUUGAAAUACUUAAUUGUAAAAAUAUACCAUUCGUAUAUAUCACAAAAUGUAUGUGCCGCUCGAGAGUUCAUCAGCGAUUAUUAAUAGAAAUCCGGAACGUUGAUUUUUGCUUACAGCGGUGUUACUUUGUUGCAUUUUUAUCGAUUACAUAUGAUACAUGAAUAAACACUGUUUUCUUAUUUCUUGUCGCUGACUAUUUCUUAGAAUCAUGAAUACAGUGCAAUUAAAUAUUGUUUCUUGUGUUUCGUUUUCUUUUGUUGACAAAGGAAUCUAUUAGAUUACUUAAGUAAUUAUUAAAUAAGUUCCUUAAGUAUGAAUAUAUUACAUGUAUUGUUAUAAGUAUAAGUGCAUAUAAAUGUAUUUACGGUAUAUGUGCGAUGUUCGAUAAUUAAUAUCAGAAAUCUCUCGA